AUGGAUCAUAUGGACCAUGCAACGGACACUGUGAUGUCCAUGGCCACCAGCAUGGUGAUGACUGCAACCUCUACCGCUGGGGCCGCCAUGAGCACUGCCAAACCCUCGGGUAUGGGGGGCAUGGGAGGCAUGGGCGGGAACGCCUGCAAGAUCUCGAUGCUGUGGAACUGGUACACUAUCGAUUCCUGCUUCAUCGCUAGAUCAUGGCGCAUCACCUCGAAUGGGAUGUUCGCCGGCUCCUGCAUCGGCGUCAUCUGCCUCGUGCUCUGCCUGGAAUUCCUCCGCCGCGUCGGCCGCGAGUACGACGCCUUCAUCGUCCGCCGCGCCCGUCUCCGCAAGCAAUAUCUCUCCGCAACCUCUUCGUCCCAAGCCCUCAACACCACCACAGACCCAGCAACCGACUCCUUCGCCGCUGCCGCGGCCGACCAAGGCUCCAGCACACACGGCGCCCCCGCAAAGGCCGCGGCGCAGACCACCUGCAGCACAUUCGAGGACCAGACCCCCGUCCGCCCCACGGUAGUCGAACAGCUCGUCCGCGCCCUGCUGCACAUGCUCCAGUUCGCAAUCGCGUACUUUGUCAUGCUGCUCGCCAUGUACUACAACGGCUACAUCCUCAUCUGCAUCUUCAUCGGCGCGUUCCUGGGCUCGUUCAUUUUCUCCUGGGAGCCGCUGAACUUGCAAAAGGAGAACGAUGCAACUACUGUCACCAAGUGCUGUGGCUAG